AUGCACUCACCCACUGGUUCUGCAUUGUCAAAUGAGCCCAUUAAGCUUGACAUAGAGCAUACAGUGGUUGAAGAUGAUCCUCGAAUAUGGUCGAACACGAAAAAAACCGCUAUAUUGUUCAUUAUAUCUGGAGCCUCGAUGUUUUCGGGUUUGGCAGGGAACAUACAAAACUCUGCCAAUGCUCAAAUCGAGCAACAGCUACACGCCAGCAGCGGAGGAAUCAGCCUGACUUUGUCUCUGUUCGUUCUCGUUCAAGGCAAUCUUCCUUUCAUUUGGAGUGCGAUUAGCGAGAUAAAAGGUCGCAAGUUCGCGUACCUUCUGUCCAUCACACUUUUUAUAUUGGGGUCUGCAAUCGUGGCCGUGUCGAGAACUAUUGGUUUGGUGAUUGGCAUGCGAAUUGUGCAAGCUGUGGGGUCAAGCGCAGUUUUUGCUAUCGGAGCUGCAACUCUGGCCGAUAUAUACGAGCCGCAUCAACGAGGUACAAUGAUGGGUGUCUACUAUUCUGCACCUCUACUCGGUCCUUCAUUAGGACCAAUUUUUGGUGGUGCACUUACACAGGCCCUCAGCUGGCGGGCAGUUUUCUGGUUCUUGGUCGUCUGGGGAGGCAUGAUCUUUUUGGCGUUCAUUUUCUUGUUCAAGGACACCUUCAGGAAGGAGAGGAGUGCGACUUACCAGAACGCAUUGAAUUCCAGACUCCAAAAGCAGCAGUCGUCGAAAGCAAAGGACGAGUCGCGAAUUAUUUCGAAGUCAGAAGUAAGUGGAGAAAAUCAGACGACUUCGAAAGAUAUCGAAGCACAGCAGACGAUUUUACCAGCACCAGCCAUUAAAGACGUAAAAUUGUCCAUGGCUGAUGUCAACCCUUUCCCUGCAUACUUCUCGAUUGUCAGCCGCAAGAACAACCUUUUUAUCUUGAUAGUAUCAGGCUUAACCUUUGCGUUUAGCUUUAGUAUUAUGUAUACAUGCGCAAGAACAUUGUCGAUGUAUUAUAAUUAUGAUGCAUUGAAGACCGGCCUUGUUUUGCUUGCCUAUGGUGUUGGCUGUGUAGUCGGCAGUAUGUUAGGUGGUCGUUGGUCCGAUCUGACACUUGCUCAGCUAAAGGCCGCAAACGGAGGGGUCAGCUUUCCAGAGAUGCGUCUCGAGAGCACAAAAAUCGCGAUGUUGUGGUCACCUUUAUCUGUGAUUGGAUACGCCUGGGUGUGCCAAGAGCGAGCCAAUAUCGCUGCCGUGUGUGUGAUGCUGUUCCUCACAGGAUUUCUACCCAUGUACGUUCACUCUGUUUUAUAUUGUAUUUUGCUCUCAUCCACGAUAGAUGGAUCUACACAAGCGCGCUGGCAUACCUUGUCGACGCAAACACGUGGUCACUCAUCAAUGGCAGUAGCGACGAAUAGUUCCUUUCGUGGUCUGUUUGCUUUUAUCGCUGCCGAGGUUGCGGUUCCUUUACAAGACACAAUCGGCGACGGUGGUCUGUAUACUCUCUGGGCAGGUCUGAUGGUGGUCGUUGAGUGCAUGAUUCUGCUGGUGUUGUACAAAGGCAGGAGCUGGAGAGAAGCCAGUGUUGAGCGGGAGAAGCAGAAACUGGAUGGUAAGUAA